AUGGCCGUAUUUCCAUUGCCCCAGCUUGAAGAUAAUGCUGUAUUAUUACCCAGUUCCCAAACUAACUCAACGCAGCCUCAGCUAUGUGACGUAUGGAGAGAUAUACAAGGUGCCCAUAAUUGGAAUGGUUUGCUUGAUCCCAUGGUGCCCAAUUUGAAAGCUGAAGCUCUCAGAUAUGGGAAUUUGGCACAGCUUUGUUACGACGCAUUUGAUGGCAAAAGCUACUCCAAAAACUACGGCACAUGUUAUCACAGUAAAAGAGAUCUGUUCAAUAAGAUGGGCAUGUCUGAAAGUGGCUACCAAGUCAUUUGCACGGAUCCAAAUGAGAUAAGAAGGCUUGGACGACGAGACAUAGUGAUUGCAUGGAGAGGAACUCAGACUGCUGAAGAAUGGAUAGAAGACCUGAGAGAUAUUCUUGUACCUACAAGAUUAUCCUAUAGAUGCAAGAGGACAGGCAAAAACCAAGAGCAUCAUUUCGCGGAUGGAGUACUAAUUGAGAGAGGAUUCCUGAGCUGCUAUACUUCAACUGUCCGUCACCGUCAAGGCGCUGCAGGAGCCACUGUGAACAUCAGCACCAGAGAUUUGGUAGUCUCAGAGAUAGAACGAUUGAUUCAAGUUUAUGAAAAAGAGAUGGACAAUUUAAGCAUAACAUUUACGGGACACAGCUUAGGAGCUGCUCUUGCAACCUUGAGCGCUUAUGAUAUCAAACAAAUGCUUUGCACCAAGCAUAAUUUUCAUCAAAUUCCCGUCACCGUCUUCGCUUUUGCCUCUCCCCGGGUGGGAAAUCUUGCGUUUGCUAAACGGGUGGAGGAGAUUGGAGUGAAAGUGCUGAGGUUUGUGAACAAGCGUGACCUGUUUCAUGUUGGCGUCGAGCUUCCUUUACACAACAAUUCUCCAUUCAUUCAGCACACCCAUAAUCUUGCCUACUUUCAUAAUUUAGAGCUUUACUUGCAUUUACUGGACGGGUACGUUGGAAGUAAGCAGCCGUUUUCUUGGAGUGGAAGAGAUCAUGCUCUGGUUAAUAAGAGCUGUGAUUUAUUGCGCGAGAAAUAUGAAAUUCCUCCAAAAUGGUGGCAGGAACAGAACAAGGGCCUCGUUAAAGGUCCAGAUGGCAAAUGGACGCAGCCAUCAGAAGAGGAAUAA